AUGAACACGCCCAAAAUGAACGAGCAACUGACGCCGAAGUUGUCGCCGACAAUGAUGCAUCUGGACGACACCAUACCUGCGCUCAAUGCGCCGUCGUUCAUGUGUCUUGACGACGCAAAGGCCUAUCCCCUCAUGUAUCGAACGUCUCUCUCCAAGCUGAACGAAAAGGGUCGACAGGGUCGAGGUCGCACUUCGGGUCCCGAAACGCCGACUCGACUGUUGCGGUCCAAUUCUCCUAUCCGAGCGAUGCUCAACCAUGCGCCCAAAAUGCUCAAACCGGAGUACAUGGGGCGACCCACUUUGUUCGGCAAAAAUACGGGCUCCAUUGCGACACCCUCCAUGAUACUGGCGUCCUCGAAACUCAAUUUCGAGACUUUGCAACGACCUGUCAAAGUUACAAAUGCAAAAGUGGAAGAAGAGCAGCCGAGCAUUGAGAUGUUAGAGCCUGGAGUGGAGCGGUGCAAACCCGUUCGAGAGAGGCCCGGUCGGAAACAUAAAAGAGGCAACUCUACCGCCAGCACUACUGUAAGCGGCGCGACCGCAUGUGAAUCCCUCCAAGAACCACAGAUGCCGCUGAAGGCGCCUCUUAAGCGUGGUGGUACCAACACCAGCUCCAAUCCGGGAUACAGGUUUCCGUCGGAAAAUUCUACAGCGUCUUCGUCAUCCACACUCGACAUCCAAGAGAUCCCAGCCGAAUUUGCGUUUGACACGCCGAUGGACAAGGCGGAAUUUGUGCUGGCUACGCAAAAUAAACGAGAUAGUUACAUGUCCAGCGUAGGGUCAACACAAGACGACGAUCUGGGUGGCUGGUUUGCGCAGUACGUCGAGGAAAAACAGAGCAAUUUGGCACUGUCCGUAUUGCAAGAAAAGCAAGAAGAGACAAUUCGGGCGGAUAAAACUGUUCAUACAGAACAAAUAACAAUGCGCAUAAAACAAUUAGAAUUUCAGAUCAAUGAACUCAAAUUACAAAACGAUGAACUUCGGCAUUCCAUGACUGCACAUCGUAGUUUACAGGAUAGGUACAUGUUUGAAGCAUUGCAUGAUGCUCAUCGAGAAAAAGAGCUGACGAAGAGGGACAUGGACAGGAGAAUGAAACAGCUGGAAAAGCAAGUCGAAAAUUACAAGAAGGUGAUUAAAAAGCUCACAAACAAGACUCAGACAACGGAUGUCUCGAAAUCAAGGCUUAGUAUUGUGAGCGUUUCUACUUUAGACGGAAUUUCGGAGGCCGAUACCAAGGAUGGCUACGAAGCCAACGGCAACGAGAAUCAGGAUCAAGACGAUGAUGAUGACGACGAACAAGAAGACAAUGAAAACAGCGACCGCAUAAACACUUCGACAAUUGCCAGUGACAUCAAUGCAAUGGAGCCAUCGUCACCGACUCGCAUCAAAAAUAAAAAACCUUCUGGUUUUGAUUUAAAGCUCUCGUUGCAGGUAUGA